GCAGCAUUUUUCAUCAACAGCUCUCCGCAGAUAUUGAGGAAAAGUUGGCGUCGACCCUCGGCUUUUUAUCUCUGAAAUGAAGUGCGUCGCUCUGUUAAUAAUCACUUUGGCAGUGGCGAAAUCAUGGCCUGCUACGCGGAGGGAACUUGAAGUGAGGAGAGCUGGAGCAAAAUUCGACUACCCUAGUAAAAGAAAAGCAGACUACCCUGGCAAAGCCGACUACCCUAACAAAGCUGACCACUCAGAGGAGUACCCUAAGGAAGCCGACUUUCCCAACAAAGCUGACUACCCUGGCAAAGCCGACUACCCUAACAAAGCUGACUACCCAGAGGAGUACCCUAAGGAAGCCGACUACCCUAAGGAAGCCGACUACCCUAAGGAAGCUGACUACCCUAAGGAAGCCGACUAUCCUAACAAAGCUGACAACCCUAGCAAAGCUGACUACCCUAACAAAGCUGACAACCCAGAGGAGUACCCUAAGGAAGCCGACUAUUCUAACAAAGCUGACUACCCUAGCGAAGCCGACUACACUUACAUAGCUGACGACCCAGAGGAGUACCCUAAGGAAGCCGACUAUCCAAACAAAGCUGACCAUCCAGAGGAGUACCCUAAGGAAGCCGACUAUUCUAACAAAGCUGACUACCCUAGCGAAGCCGACUACACUUACAUAGCUGACGACCCAGAGGAGUACCCUAAGGAAGCCGACUAUCCAAACAGAGCUGACGACCCAGAGGAGUACCCUAAGGAAGCCGACUACGCUUACAUAGCUGACGACCCAGAGGAGUACCCUAAGGAAGCCGACUAUCCAAACAGAGCUGACCACCCAGAGGAGUACCCGAAGGAAGCCGACUAUCCUGACAAAGCUGACUAUGGAAUAAAUAAUAAAAUUGAAUAACAUCAGUUUCACCUUCUCUGAUGAGUGCAAGCAUGGAACUAAUGUCAAUCAUAACCUUGUACUAAAAUUUGUAAGAACAGGUAAUAAUAGUCAUCAAGGACAAAUAAAGGAAGAACACAAA